CAUGGGUACCCAAGGAAGUAAACGAGCGAAAAAUGAUCCAGACAGUCCAAUUAUUCUGGCCAUGAAACAAAAAUAUGGGGAUCAAAGUGUUGAAUGUUUGAAUUACUGGGUAACAAAUCAUGGAUUCCCAGAAGGGGGAUCGUUGAGCAAAACUCAACUGAAAAAAUUACGUGAAAGUCUUGAGAAAGAAAGACAGACAAUUAUGAGCAAAAAGAGAGUGAAAAGUGAUAAAAUGAGAGAGAUUGAAAAGAAUGAAGGAUGUCUGAAAAAGUGGGAAGAUGAAUGUGAAACGAGAGAAAGGAGACAAGUGUGCAAAAUGAUAACAUGUAUGAAAGUUGAUAAGAAAGACAAAGGAAGUGAUUUUGAACCUAAGAGUAAAAAGAAUUCUCUCUAUCCUAAACUGACAGGGUGCGGUCAGAGCUCUCUGGUUGAUGACGCUUCCUGGUCCCUCCCUCGAAGACGACCCCCUCCAGAUGCAAUGGCUCCGCCUUCGGUUCCUCCUCCAUACAACGCCUCAUCUGCCACGUCAUCACCGAUGUCAUCCACAUCCUCUUUCAUGAACACUCCCUCACCAGGCUCCAGUGUCCUCACCUCCUCCUCCCUCUCCCCUCCAAUUGCAGCACGCACCAGACAACAAUCAGAUUCAGCUCUUACGAUGCCAAUGGUGCAAGUUAUGGGUCCGGAUGGAAAUCCAGGUUUUGUCUACCGCCCAUGGACAACUCAGGACCUGAUUGAUGCAGCAUCACACCUCCCAAAGCCUGCACAAGGUGGCGCUGCCAUGGCACGAGCCUAUGUUCAGUUCAUCAAAGAUUUCACACCAACCUCAGGCGAAAUCCAGAGAGUCAUGAUGAAAUACAUGAAACCAUCUGAUUUCUCCAAGGUGAAAGACAUUUUCCCAAGAGAUGGUGACUUCAGACCACAAACGGUGAAUUGGGACACUAAUGACAAUGCUGAUCUAGCAGACCGACAGUAUCAGGACUUUGUCACACAAUUAGGACUGAAAUUGGUUGAGGUUUUCCCUGCUCACUGUGACCUCGCUAAAGUGAAUGCCUGCUGUCAGAAGGAAGAUGAAUCACCACGUGACUACAGUCACCGCCUGCAAGAGGUGUUUGACGAAAACAGUGGCAUUCCUCGUCCUGAUCCAUUCCCAGGCAAUGACACCACACCCUAUGAGAGUCUGCUCAAAACCAGCUUCCUCACUGGCCUGCUGCCAGAAGUCCGUCAGCGCACACUUGACCUGUGCGUAGGCGCGAACGACCCUUCUGUUCGCAUGAUUGAUGUUGUGAGACAUGCUGACCAUGCAUACAAACGCCUGCAGGACAAGAAAGACGCUGAGAAAAAGAAAAGAAAAGACACUGAACACAGAGCUAUGUUAACUAUGCUCUCUCAACAAGUUGCAGUACCAUCAACUCAACCACUUCCAGUUCAGCACUACGGUGUUUCACAACGAAGAGGAAGAGGCAUGCAGAGGGGACGCAGGCCAUGGCAAGGAGAGAGAUCAGGUCCAAGAAUGGGACCACCACCAGGUUACGAUGUGUGCUUCCUGUGUGGCACUAAAGGACAUUGGGCAAAGGAUUGCACACAAUUCCGAGGCCGAGGCAGAGGAAGAGGUGCUCCACCUAGAGGCAGAAAUGACCGUUGGCAACAAUCAUCUGACUGAUCUGAGAGACGAGGGAGGGGAGGACCAGAUGCGUGCGUCACCCAGACAGCCUACCCUGAACCUUCAGAAAAGGGGAGUGAGAAUGACACACACACACACACCACUCACACGCUUACACCGCAGCAACAACACCAACUACUCACAGAUACUAUUGAAGUUUUACAGAGAAAAACUGAGUUUAAACCUAUAGGAACAUACACCAUGUAUGAUGACUCAAUGGUGCAGAAACUGCCCACUAUGAUUUUGAAUGUUGCAGGAAAAGAUGUUACAUUUAUGGUUGACUCGGGUGCAACACGCACAGUGUUAAAAUACUCUGAAAUACCUGAGGCCAAACUCAGUGGCAAUUUCAUGUAUUCCAUUGGUGCAUGUGGAACAACAGUGAAAGAGAACUAUACAUCUCCAAUUACGUGUUCUCAUCCUGAACCAUUUACUAAAGUAAAGCACUCAUUUUUGCUUUCCCAAGUCUGUCCAUUCAACUUGUUAGGACGAGACUUGAUGAUGGCUUUUGGCAUCGACCUGAUUUCGACACCAGAAGGAGUAAAAGCUGUGAGACGAACAACUCCACCCAAUCCUGAAGCCUAUAUAAUGGCUAAGUAUCAACCUGAUUUAAUCUCCUCGCUGCUCUACAUAUACCAAUGGAAAGUUGAGAGUGUUUUGGCUCCAUCUCUAACUGAACGUGCACAUGCACUGGUUAGCCCAACUGCAGCUUUCAUGCAGCCUGAGGCACUCCAUUGCACGUCACACGUGACAACUGACCUUGACAGAGACUAUGAAACUAAAUGGUGGACUGACAUCAAAGAUACUCUACUGACUGACUCUCUCUACUGGACAGACCUGCGAUGUGCACUUUCUGUCAGCUUAACAGCUGAACAACAACGAUUUUUUCUGAUUAACAAUUCACAUCCACAUAUUUCGCUUUCCAAAGGACAAACUGAUCAAUGGAGAGAUUUAGGUCCAUGGACAAAAUCAUGCAUUGAGCUCAAAGAUUGGCAAUCUACACCUGACCCACAUGUGUCGUACUCGCCAAAGGGGGGUGUUUUCAAAACUGCAUGCAAAUUAACUGUGGCUACUCUGAAAUCUGUCUACUUGCUAGACCACAAUCUUGAUAAAACCGAACACAUACACCAAAUGCUCUCCGCAGAACAGAUCCAUCCAGCCCUUGCACAAGUCCCACCCAAAUUGUGGGCACAAGGCAAAUAUGAUGUAGGUCUCAUAAAAAAUUGUGAACCUGUAAUAGUCACUCCUAAGUCUGACUACAGACCAAAACGAGUUCAGUACCCUCUGCGUCCGGAAGCCGUCGACGGCAUUAAACCUGUUUUUAAAUCCUUAUUGGAAGCCGGUGUUAUUAUCCCAUGCAAUGACUCACCUGUCUGCACUCCUAUUUUUCCAGUUCAAAAAGCUAGAGAACCACCAUCUCUACCCGAGUGGCGAUUUGUUCAAGACUUAAAAGCAGUUAAUGCAGCUGUUCAUGCCAGAACACCAAGUGUUCCUAACCCCUACACUUUGCUUUCACAAGUUCCAUCCUCUGCUAAGUGGUUUUCAGUUGUUGAUCUAUCAAAUGCAUUUUUCAGUGUUCCUGUUCACAAGGAUUCUCAGUACUGGUUUGCAUUCCAGUUCAACGGGAAAGGUUAUACUUUCACCCGUUUAUGUCAGGGUUUCACUGAAUCACCAACAAUUUACAAUCAGGCUUUAUGCGAAUCAUUGUCGCCUCUAGCGCUCUCUGAUGGCACUGCCUUACUACAAUAUGUAGACGAUCUUCUGAUCUGCGCUCCAACUGAAAAACAAUGCAUAACUGACACUAUCAAACUGCUCAAACAUCUGGCAGAAGAAGGACACAAAGCCAGCUUAAACAAGCUACAAUUUGUCAGACAAGCUGUGACCUUCCUGGGUCACAUAAUUUCUGGUGAAGGCAAAACUAUGUCUCCAAAACAUAUUGAAGCUAUCCAAAAGAUUCCAAAACCAAUUACCCAAAAACAAAUGCUAUCUUUCCUGGGGAUGUGUUCCUACUGUCGCGCUUUUGUCCCUAAUUUUUCUGAGGUUGAAAGACCCCUCAGGACCUUGUGUCACCAAUCAGGCAUGACCUCUCGCUCACAACUUGAGUGGACACCGGAAGCAGACACUGCAUUCCUGAACUUGAAACUUCAACUUCAGUCUCCUCCCACACUUGGACUUCCUGACCCAACCAAACCAUUCACUCAGACUGUGGAUGAACGUUCGGGUUGCAUGACUUCUGUCCUCCUACAACCUCAUGGUGAUAGGCUCCGUCCUGUGGCAUAUUUCUCGGGUAAACUCGAUCCUGUUGCAGCAGGCAUGCCAAAAUGUCUCAGAGCUGUAGCAGCUGCUGAAAAAGCCCUUUUGGCCUCAAGAGAUAUAGUUGGCUACGCUCCUUUGACUCUUCUUGUGCCACAUGCGGUCUCUUUGAUCCUUUCUGAGCAGAAAACAUCACACCUUUCGGCUGCUAGACACCUUAGGUAUCACACGUGUCUUCUUGACAUGCCUAAUGUCACUCUUAAGAGGUGUACUGUUCUUAACCCUGCUACUCUGCUCCCUCUUCCACAGGAUGGUGAGCCUCAUGAUUGCAUGGCUGAACUUUCAGCAUCUUGUUCUCCAAGACCUGAUCUGACAGAAACGCCCUUGACAAAUCCUGACCUUGUCCUCUAUGUAGAUGGCUCUGCUUCAAGAGACCCAGUUACAGGUCUCUGCCGUGUUGGCUUUGCUGUUUGUUCUGACUAUGACGUGAUGAUGUCAUCAUCUCUUCCACCUCACUUCUCAGCUCAAGCUGCAGAACUUGUGGCCUUAACGACUGCCUGCCAAUUAGCUAAGGGUAGAUCUGUAAAUAUCUACACUGAUUCCAGAUAUGCUUUUGGUGUUGUUCAUGACUUUGGUGCACUUUGGAAACAUAGAGGUUUUCUGAAAUCUGAUGGCAAGUCUGUUUUGCAUCACACACUCAUUGCAGAUCUCUUAGAUGCCAUCCUUCUUCCUUCUGCCAUUUCUGUGUGUAAAUGUGCUGCUCACACUAAUGCCUCUGACCCGAUUUCUACAGGUAACGCUCGAGCGGAUGCAGCUGCGAAGGCAGCUUCUCUUCUCCCUUUGUCUACCUCUUCUGUAUCACAUACUUUGGUUUCAGUUUCUUCUGACGUGCCAUCUUCCCUCAGUGCUGUUCAAUCUUUUGCAUCUCCAAAAGAUAAGCAACUUUGGAGAAACGCAGGUGCUUUAUGUCAUGAUGGCAUCUGGAUAGGCCCCGACAACAACCCGUGUUUGCCUUCCCAUUUCUUCCCUCACUAUGCUAAAUUGACGCAUGGGUCUGACCAUGCAUCAAAAGGAGGGAUGCAGCAAAUGAUUAACACAUUUUGGUUCACAAAAGGGUUUUCUGCCUAUGCUCAAAAACACUGCCAAGCCUGUGUUAUCUGUGCUACUCACAAUGUAGGCAGGGCAAUCCAACCUUCCCAACAAGCUGCUCAUCCUCAACCAACUCGACCUUUUGAGCAUGUCAUGAUGGAUUUUGUAGAACUAACUCCAUCAGAAGGAAAGUCUCAUUGUUUAGUGAUGGUAGACAUGUGGAGCAAAUGGGUUGAAGUGUUCCCAGCCUCAAAACAAUCUGCCUCAGUAGUAGCUAAAGCCCUUCUUACUGAAAUCAUUCCCAGAUGGGGAAUUCCAGCUAAAAUCUCCAGUGAUAAUGGCAGCCAUUUUGUUAAUUCAGCUAUCACUGAACUGAGCCUAUACUUAGGCAUUAACCUGAGAACACACUGUGCCUACCACCCAGCUAGUGGAGGUGCAGUAGAGAGGGAGAAUGGAACACUAAAGAACAAGCUGGCCAAGUGUUGUGAAGACACAGGUCUUCCAUGGACAAAAGCACUUCCUCUAGUGCUUAUGUAUAUGAGAAUGCGAAAACGAAACAGAACUAACUUGAGCCCCUUUGAGAUUCUUUUUGCAACUCCUCCUUCUGUAGGUGUGGAAGCUCCCCGAUCUCCACCCCCAUCAACAGCUCUUUGUGAUCACAACACACUAACCUACUGUACCAAUCUAUCCAAACAGCUCUCUGAUGUAAAGAAACAGGUGAUCGCAGCCCUCCCUGUUCCAGCCAGUGGUCCCCUGCACCAGCUCGAACCAGGUGACUUUGUGGUCAUAAAAGACUUCAGGAGGAAGUCGUGGAGGAACAGGAGGUGGCAAGGUCCGUUCCAGAUCCUGCUGACAACCCACACUGCUGUGAAGGUCGCUGAGCGGGCUACCUGGAUCCACGCCAGCCACUGCAGAAAGGUUCCAGCACCCCCUGCUGGUUCUCCUGGAAAACUACAAACUCCAGAGGCUGCUAAGUAAGACUUUGCGUUCGUAACAGGCACGCAGGCGACCAAGGGUCCGAAGAAAGAAGACAACAAGUGGCGUGCAGACGUAGUUUCUGUGUCACCUUCGUGGGCGCAAGAAGACCUACACCACACCACACCCUACACGUGUUACACCAUUUCACUGUCUUUAUUUUUCACCCCUAGAAUGCUACAACCGCUAUGACACAUACACAAAAACUGAUCCUUACUCAGGAUGCUUUCAUCCACAAAAACAGCUUGCAACUUUUACCUUGAGGUUUUCCAUUGAAUUGUAUUCUGUGUGACGACUGAUCGUAAACCAGUUGGAAUGCUCAGUCUGAAGUUUUGAAUACUGUUCUUUUCUCAUAUUUGAUUGUCAUCUGGGAUUUGUUGUGUUAUAUUGUGUGUGCAUAUUUUGUUGCUUCUAUUGUUGAUUGUG